AUGGGCAGAUUCAGAGACAGCAUCAGUUCUCUGUUAUCACGUUCUUCAAGGAAGAACGUGAAUCAGGAAGAGAAGACCGAUCCUUCACCUCCCAGGAAGAUGUCGAGAUCAAAGUCUGAUAAAAUAUCAACUUCGACGAAGAAACCAGUAAUCGAGAAAAAGAGGAGCUUUUCGGUAAUAACAACUAGAAGUCGAUCAAGAUCAACACCGACAACAUCAACAGGCAUACCACAGACUCAGCGGUUCAAUGUGGUGGAGGCACGGAUAUACACCAAAGGUGAAAGGAAUGAUUAUCACUACAGUCCAGUCCCGGAAAUCAAAAUCAUCCCUAGGUUCCAGGUAAGGGUGGAUCCACCAGACAAUAUUCCGUAUACGAUGAGCCUUGAGGAUCAAGAAGAGGAGCACCCAAAUGCCAUGGGCGGUAGUGUUAUCCAUUCUUCAGCUGUCAUCACCCCUCCUGCAUCGCCAAAAUUCGCCCAAUCUGGCUUUCGAAAGCCGCAGCUCAAGAUAGACACUACCGCCAUAAAAUAUACGGAGUCCUGGACUACCGCACCCCCAUCACCUCCAAGCUCCAUUUGCUCCCCAGUAGCACUUAUCCUUCAAUCUCCCACACGCGCACCUCCAUCACCGCCCACGCCGACUCUGUCACCAAUACUGCGCGCAUCCGAUGAUAUUCUCAUAAAUAUCUUCUCCAACCUUGAUUCCUUGUCCUCCAUGUCCUCCCUAGUACGCACACACUCUCGCUUCCACGAUGUCCUCGAGCCGAAUAAACUGUAUGUUCUGCGCGGGAUCAUGAGUAAUAUAUCCAUGCCCGCGCAUGACCUACUAGAACUCCUCAGAAACACAGAUACGUGCACGGCAAAAUCUUACAUAGAGGACUAUCUUUUCAGUCUCGAGGUAGUCAGCGCACUAAAAGCGCUCAUCCAGUUGAGAUGCCGGUACUUUUUGAAUAGUGGGAAGAUGGACUUUCAUAAUCAGAGGGCCGAGCAGGACUUUGAUGAUGCACUGUACAAUAUCUGGACGUUUUGUAUUGUGUUCAAGGGGCGAGUGGGCGAGAAGUAUCUUGAAAGGCAGGCAGAGUGGUGGAGGAGGAGGAACAUGAGCAUGAGAGGGCUUCUGGAUGUGCUCGAGAUAUGGGGCUGUUUGGGAGUUUUGUUGAGGCCGUUUGUGGACGCUCCGGAGUUGGCGAGAAGACAUGGGGUUAUUGAGAAUAGGCAAAUGUCGAGUACCUAUGUCACAGAGGUUAUGGUUGAGUUAGAACAAUGGAUAUCAUACCUUCAGACUCAGGGUCUCGACACAAUCAAGCUCAUUGUUGAAUCUCCCGAAGCAGACCACAAUAAACGUUACGCCAUAGUCAUCGCAAAGGGUCUUAACCAAUGGCGAAAGAAAGGGCAUCAAAAAAAACCAUAUGCGAUGUUUCUUAAAGACUCUGCAAGCAGAGUUUACAAGGAGUUAUCUUUGGUCCAAAAUGUUCCGACUUUCAUUGGGGACUCUUGGGGUCCUACUACGGAUGUUUAG